AUGCAGUCAAUAGAAAACAGUAAGGAAGAAGAAGAGGAUGAAGAAGUUUUCUUUGGACCUGUAGGAUUUACAGAGAGAUGUGUAGCUCACUCUGUAGCACCAGAAGUAAAGCCAUUAAGCCCUCUUAAUGCGGGUCAAAUGGCAGAACUUGUCAAAGAGGCUGCAUUAGUUGCUUACAGACUGAAGACAGAUUGUAAAAAUUCUCCAUUCAUUGACAGUGAUUCUCCCCCUAAAAAACGACAUUCACGCAGUGGAACAUUCACCAUGGAAAACAGUCCUCUUAAACUGUUAUCUCUGCCUAUUAUAGAGUCUGAGGAGUCAAGUGUAGAGAUUGUGAACAAACCUGACAGUGCCAGCAAGAAAAAUGGAAACACUGUCACCAAAGGUAACAAGGAAAAUUUGUUGCAGCAGGGGAGAAAACUUUUAACACCAAAAGGGUCAAAAUCCCGAAGAUCAGGAGUGGUACCUCCAGCUAACAAAGCUAAGAAAAGUUUACAAGGGAAGUUGCAACAUGGAAAGGCUGUUAUGUGGGGCAUAUCUCGCUACUCCCAAUCCAUGCUUGCACUUCUGGUUGAUGAUGAAGUGGUGAUGAUGAUAUUUAAGACAAAACCUGCUGAGAAGCCUGAGGAAGAUAAACAAACAGAAAAUGAAGUACAGACAGUAAAGUCAGAUGUCGGAUUGCGAACCAGCCAACCUGUACCUGUCAUCAAACAAGCACUGACUAGCAAGGUGCCGGACAGAAAAAGUGGACUUGCAAGACCAGCACAAAGACUUCAGCCUCCCAAGAGUCAUAUGGCUGUCAAAGCAGUGGACACAUCUAGCAUUCCAUCUGUCACUACCACAGGCAGUAGACCCGGAACCUCUUUGAGACGAUCUUUACAACCUCCUAAAAACUUAACUAAAGAAUCGGACCAAUCUACAAAUAAUUCUGCUGACACUUCAUCAACUAAAUCAACAAAUAAUUCAAGUCGACGAACAAUUCAACCUCCUAAAAGUUUCUUAGCUGUAAAAAGUGACUUGUCCACAAAUAGAAGCAUGAAUACUGGUACAUCAAUGAAUCGUAGAUCACUUAAUACAACCAGUAAUAUUGCAGGAAAUCGUACAAUCACUCCAGGAUCAGAUAAAGAUAGUAAACUAAAGGUUCCCAACAAUGGAGGUGGUACAAAACUGAACAGAUCCUACACUAUCUCAGGGCCCAAAUCCACACAAUCAUCUGAAGUUCCCGGCAGUAAGAGACCAGCUUCCAAGCUAAGCUUAUUACAACCUGGUCAGAUCAAGAAAAAGGCUAUAGCCAUGCCAAGCAACACCAAAGCAUCCAAUGGCCCAAUAAAGGCUAUAGCUCCACCUGGAAUCCAGUCACGCACAGUGGAGAGAAAGCCCAGUGUCAGGACAGUCUCGAGCUCCUCUAAUCAAGAUGUUUCCACAUCCACACCAAUCAAAGUACAGAAGAAUGUCCAACCCAAACUCCUGUCCAGCACAUUUACAGCCACACCAUCAAGCUCGGGAAGUUCUACUAGCUUUUUGAGCAGCACACCAGCUUCAAGCAGCAAACGACGAUCGUGUCUCCCAACACCCGACUCUUCCAGGACCAGUUCUUUAAGCUCCAUUCCUCCUCCCAGGUUUAAACUUAUGUUCUUUCUACAGCCCGACUGA